UUAGGCGAUAGCACGCAUCGGCCGUCCAUUCGGGCCUCUCUCUUUGUGCACAGACUACAGAAAAAGCUACAGAAAAGCUUCUUUCUUCACACACAGAGAGAAUGAUAGUCGGCGACAAAUAGAGAGACCCCAAAUGGGGGAAACUCCCGUUUACAAGGAAUACGUGGCGGGCUUGCUUGCCGGCGUCGCCACCGUCGCCACCGGCCACCCUUUCGACACCGUCAAGGUGAAGCUCCAAAAACACAAUACUGAAGCACAUGGGAUCAAAUACAGGAGUGCUUUGCAUUGUACUGCAAGGAUACUAAGCACUGAAGGAAUAAGGGGACUCUAUAGAGGAGCUACGUCGUCUUUUGUGGGGGUGGCUUUUGAGAGCUCCCUUGUCUUUGGCAUUUAUUCCCAGAUGAAACAGAAACUUCAGGGAAGUUUGCAGAGCAGUAGGCCACAACCUCAAGUAAUAAUUCCAUCUGCUGCUUAUGGAGGAGCUAUAAUCAGUUUUAUUUUGUGUCCAUCAGAGCUGGUGAAGUGUAGGAUGCAAGUUCAGGGCACUGAUUCAACGGUCCCACUAUCCAGCAGAUACAGUGGUCCUCUUGAUUGUGCCGUUAAAACUGUAAAAAGUGAAGGGGUUAAGGGAAUUUUCUGCGGUGGUUUUGCAACAUUGCUGAGAGAGUCUUUAGGAAAUGCAGUAUUUUUUAGCGUCUAUGAGUAUACCCGCUAUCACAUGCAUUCACAACUGAAAUCUGCUUCAUCUGAUCGCAGCAACUUGGUUGACGUGGGAGUUGGAAUCAUGAGCGGCGGUCUUGGUGGCAUUGCGUUUUGGUCUGUUGUGCUGCCCUUGGAUGUGGCUAAAACUAUAAUUCAAACAGCUCCAGAUAAGAACUCGUUGCGAAAUCCCUUUCGGAUCUUGAAUUCUAUUUACAAGAGGGAUGGAAUAAAAGGAUGCUAUACAGGAUUGGGUCCGACCAUACUUCGGGCAUUUCCGGCUAAUGCCGCAGCCAUAGUCACCUGGGAGCUAGCCAUAAAACUACUAGGCCUCUGCCGGGAAUAAUUAGGACACUGUUAUUUCUCCUAUUCUCUCUUUAACAAUUUUUAAGAGCGCCAAAAUUGGUUUUUUUCCGGCUUAGAAUCUCAUGCACAACAUGAUUAUUUAGUGGCUAUUACUAUUAGGCAAAGCCUAAAUUUGGUCAGAGUCAUCACAAUCACAAAAAUUUUCUUUUCCGGCGUCCGUACGAGGGAUUCAGGGAAUUUUGUUGUCAUCAAUUUUUUCUUUUAGUAUAGACAUUAUUAUCAGCAAAUGGAUCAAUUUCGAUAAAGAAAUGUGUCAGGACAGCUUUUGCGCA